AGAAGCAACAGAUAUUUUCCAACAAACAUAUACCAUCUCAUCGUUCGACAACACACGAAUUAGACCACCAACCCAGGCCUAAUACUGAUGGAUACUAACAAGUUCAAUAUCGAGGACGUUAUUUCGACAAGGUUCCUGUUGUAUUUUAACCUAUCAUGCUCAUUGUUAUUGAGGAGUAGUGCGCGCGCAGAGCUACAUGGAAUUUACAAACUCAAAAGGUAAUUUUUUUUUUUUUUUUUUUCAAAUUGCGGCUCACUAAGAUAUUUUUUAAAAAUGAAAUGCGUGAACUUUCGCACUUUUGACAUGGGUCUUUGAGGUCGCUUACACAUUCUCGUGAUACGAACCCAUUUUGCACAUCUUUUCGUGUUGAUCGAGACAAAGUGUUUGCGAAAUAAACGCCGCGGAGGAAAGACGUAAGUUCCACCCACAGGUGGUUCCUCAUAUCUCCAAGGAUGCCGCUCUUGGAAAUAUGUCGACAACAGAAACUCUAUACACUCGUUUGAUAUAUUUAACAGGUGACGGCUGGACUUGUGGAAGCGCAGGGUCAGAAAGCCAAGAGUGUCAUAGCUUAAAGCCUCUCCAUCCAAACCUAUGAUCAGCUCGGUGUGUGUUUCGACUUAUCGCGGGCGCAAGUCAGGCAACAAAACUCCUUCCAAAUCAUGUCUGAAGGAAGAGAUGGCCAGAGGCAAAUACUUGGACAAGAUCAUUAUCAACGUAGGUGGCACGCGCCACGAAACCUACAGGAGCACCCUCAUGACCUUACCGGGCACACGACUCGCCUGGCUCGCCGACACGGACAAUCCGGACGCAGACACGGGAAAGACAUCCACCAACGAGUUAUUUUUUGACCGACAUCCUGGAAUAUUCGCCUAUGUGCUGAAUUACUACAGGACUGGCAAGCUCCACUGCCCGGCUGAUGUCUGCGGCCCUCUGUUUGAGGAGGAGUUGGCAUUUUGGGGCAUCGAUGAGACGGACGUGGAGCCCUGUUGCUGGAUGACCUAUCGCCAGCAUAGAGACGCAGAAGAGGCGCUUGAUAUAUUCGAACCACCCGAUCCGGAGGAUGCUGAGGACGACCAGGAGCUACCCAGACGCGAGGACAGCCCUGACCGCUCCAGGGGAUGCUGUGAAGUUUGGCAACCAAAGAUAUGGGCACUCUUUGAAGAUCCAUAUUCUUCCCGUGCCGCCCGGAUAAUUGCCUUUGUCUCCCUCUUUUUCAUCUUGGUGUCCAUCACUAACUUUUGCCUGGAGACCCAUGAGGCCUUUAAUGAGAUUCAUUAUCGUAAUGAAUCAGUUUUGGAUGGAAACUCCACUGUGAUCAUAAGCAACCCGGAGGUGGAGACCAAACCAGUCCUCACAUUAGUGGAGGGAAUCUGCGUGGUGUGGUUUACCUUUGAGUUUCUAGUCCGCAUCAUAUGUUGCCCAGACAAGCAUCUAUUUGUCAAGAACACGCUAAACAUCAUUGACUUUGUUGCAAUUCUGCCCUUCUAUAUAGAGAUGAGUUUAAGUGGCCUCACGUCUAAAGCUGCCAAGGACGUCCUGGGCUUUCUGCGUGUUGUCCGUUUUGUGCGCAUUCUACGGAUCUUUAAGCUAACCCGACAUUUUGUGGGUCUCAGGGUUCUUGGCCACACCUUGCGGGCAAGCAUCAAUGAGUUUUGCCUUCUCAUUAUCUUUCUUGCCCUCGGGGUUCUCAUCUUUGCCACUAUGAUCUACUACGCCGAACGUAUCAGCGCAGAUCCUAACGACCCUAGUGGCAGCAGACACACACAUUUCAAGAACAUUCCCAUCAGCUUCUGGUGGGCAGUGGUCACAAUGACAACACUGGGUUAUGGUGACAUGUACCCUAAGACAUGGCUAGGCAUGAUGGUUGGUGCUUUAUGUGCGUUAGCAGGCGUGCUCACCAUUGCCAUGCCAGUUCCCGUUAUUGUUAACAAUUUUGGGAUGUACUACUCGCUGGCUAUGGCCAAGCAGAAGCUGCCCAAGAAGAAAAAUAAGCACAAUCCAAACCCAGACAUGGUGAUGGACUCAGCCUCAUUUGUAAAGUCUGAAAGCAACUCGCCAAGGAACAGCACACAAAGUGAUACACGCCCUCUUGCUGCCGAAGAAAACACCGGAAGAAACCGCUCCGAUACUUCUACUAUCCCAGCUUUAUGUGCAGAGUCAACUAUAAAUUCAAAGCAGAAUGGCGAUGCUAAUGUCAUCCUUUUAGAAGAGGAGGCCUGCAGUCUGACUCAGCCGCUUUCUCAGAACGAGAGGUGGACAUUGCGUUGCUCACUCAAAAGAAAUAAGACCAACUUGACAGAAGCAACUUGCUUUCUGUUGACUUCAGGGGACUUUUCUUGCAGACCAGAAUCCACCAUCCACACAGUGGCGAAGGCUUGUAAUGCCGCCUUCAUCCUGCACGCCAUAGCUAUCCUGAAGGUCCACCAGGCCAAGGUGUUUAAAGACCUGCACGAGGGUAGGACUGAACCAGGGCUCAUGCAGCAACUGCAAACCGCGAUUGACCUCGCUCUACGGGUGACGAAAGUCACGGAGAGCACCCUGGGCUGGACGUUGUCCACCAUGGUGGACCAAGAGUGA